AUGAUUCAGGUUCUAGGAUCGAACAGAGCACUCUCCAUCCGCUCCAACAAGGGCAGCGCCCCUUCCAGCUCCACCCGCAAGGGCUUCUCCUUCAGCUCCCUCCGCGGCUCCGUCCAACCCGAGCUCGCCCGCCGCCUCUUCCGCCUCAUCAAGUCCCAGAACAACCUCAUCGCCGCCCACGACACCGCCGGCCGCGAGCGCGUCUCUGUCGCCACACAGCUGAGCGAGUGGGGGGAGCAGAGCUACGAUGAAGCCAUAUCAGACAUCUCAGACAAGGUUGGCGUCAUCUUGAGCGAGCUUGGCGAGCAGGAGGAGGCGUACGCCCACGGACUGGAUGAGGCGAGGAGCGCUUUGAAGGUGAUUCGGAAUACGGAAAAGAGCGUGCAGCCGUCGAGGGAUAGCAAGUCGAAGAUUGCGGAUGAGAUUCAGAAGUUGAAGUUUAAGGAGCCGGAGAGUACGAGGCUGGUAGUUUUGGAGCAGGAGUUGGUUAGGGCGGAGGCAGAGAACCUCGUUGCCGAGGCGCAGCUAAGCAAUGUGACCCGGCAGAAGCUCAAGGAGGCCUUCAACGCCGAGUUCCUCGCAACGAUCGAACGUGCCGAAAAGCAGAUAAUCCUUGCUAAGCAUGGCCGUCGCCUCUUGGCCCUCCUUGACGACACCCCUAUGGUUCCCGGUGACCAACGACCCGCAUAUGAGCACGGCUCACAGGCACGCCAGAUCCUCAACGAUGCCGAGGACGACCUACGGGAUUGGCGACCGGAGGUUGAUCCCUACAGUACGCCCGAAAGCGGAAGUCCCACUAGCAGCUACAAGGGAAAGAACCCCGUCAUUGGCGAAGAAGGCGAGCAUAGAAAUGGCGGUGGUAGUGUUGCACAACACGAGCAUGUCAUGACUGGUGCUGUGAGUCCGGGGAGCGGGUGCCGCGCCAGUGGUGGCACAGAGGACGAUAUGGUACACGCUCUUUAG